AUGAAUGAAGAAAGUAUGAUAUCUCACAUUCUAUAUCGACAUGAACAAUUUAUAAGAACACACUUGAAAGAAUACUUAAAAGAAUCUGAUGAAGAGAAACAAAGAAAAUAUCAAAUAGCUGCAGCAAGUCAAGGGUGUUUACCAUUAAUUAUGGAGUUUGUUGAAACAAAUUCAAGUCUUGUAAACUCAGAGUUAUUGGGGGUUGCUAUCUAUAACCAACAAAUCAAUGUUGUAGAAUUUUUAUUAAAUAAGAUGAAUGAACUAAAACAAGUACCACUUGGUCUAUCAUUCACCAGUUUAUUCAAUAUUAAACAUUACCCUUUUAGUACAAUUCUUCAAGAAGAAAAGAUUCCAUCACUUUGGAUACAUCAAGAAAAUAACAAGAAUAGUAUAUCAAUUGAAGAAAAACAUUCUAGUAAUUCUAUUAAUUCAAAUACAUCUAAAAUAAUUAACGAUAAGAAUAAAAUAAAUCAAGAAGAUAUAACAAAUUUUGAAAACAAACAAAAAGAGUUAUUAACAAACUCAAAAGGUAUUGAACAAAAUAAUCUUUUGUUUAUUGGAGGAACAAUCAUUAAUACAUCUUCUACAUCUCAAGAAAUUUAUACAUCAAUUCCUAUUCCAGUUCAGACAAAAUAUAUUGAUAUAACUUCUUCUUAUCGUUCAAAAUUUACAAUCAAUAUUUAUAUUGGAUCUUUAGAAAUAAAAUGGGUAAAUAAUGUCUUAUUUACUCCAACAGAACUACAUUCUCUUCCUAUACAAUCAAAUAUUCCUCAAAGAUUCAUAUUUACUAGAAAUCAUAUUCAAAUUCAAAGAAUAAUAAUUCCUUAUCCACCUGAUACAAUAACAAUCACAUUAUCUAUUAAUUUAGAACCAUAUUCUUUUAUUAUUCUUUCAGAUAAUUCGAUUCCUCCAUGUAUAGAAUCAAAUUAUCUUCCUUUCAUUGAUUUUGAUUAUCCACCAUUACUUGCACCAUUUCUACCACCACCAUUACCAACACAUCUUUCAAUUUUAGUUUAUUCUCUGGCAUUAACACCAAAUGAAGAGUUAGUAAAAUGUGUUAUAAAUUCAAUGAAUUCAGAAUGUUUAUUCCAACAAACAACAUAUGCAAAACAUCAUGCAUUGAGAAUGGCUGCUUUUUUUCAUGAACCAAUCACAUUUUUUGCAUUAUUACCUUAUGCAGAAGAGUUAGAAUGUUCAAUAUUCAGAUCUCUUGUUUGCACACCAUUUAGUAAGUCACAUCGUAAAAUAUUAUUAACAUUACCAAUCAAAGAAUUUCCAAGAGAAAUUAUUGGUGGUAUUGAUGAUAUUGUUGGAUUUAAUAAUGCAUUAGAAAUGUAUCCAUUUGCAAAUCAUAUUAUUGAUUAUAUUAAAAUAAUCAAAACAGCUUUAACAACAAAAUCUUUUUAUGUUUUGGAAAUAUUACGUUCAAAAGAUAUAGUUGGAAUAGAUGAAAACUUCUCUAAAGAAAUUUUAGAUUCUUUACUUCUUUCUGAUUCUCCUGCAGAAGAAUAUAUUAUAAAAAUGAUUCCUACUCCAUUAACUUAUUAUUCUGCAUAUAUUACAAAAUACACUAAUCCUAAAAUGUUAAAAUUUAUUUUAGAAAAUGGAGGAAGAGUUGAACAAUUAAAUGGAUGGAAUAUUGAAAGUGAUAAAGUUGCAAUUAAUUUUAAUACUUCUAUUAUUAAUAGAAAAAUAAAUGGUAAUUAUCCAUUACAUGAUGCAGUUAAACAAAAAAAUACUAUUUUUAUAAAUUGGUUAUUACAACAUGGUUGUAAUGCUACAUUAUUAGAUGAACAAGGAAAAAGAGCUAUUGAUUAUACUUCAGAAGGGACUGUAUAUUACAAAUUAUUAAUAAAUAAAUGUAAACAAAUAAAAUUAGAUAAACCUCAAACAAUAUUUAUUGAAGGAAAGAAAGAACAAAUGACAAUUACAAAUAAAAAUGUUAUUAUUGUUUCAAAAACUGGAAAAAAUACUACUAAUAUAAAUGUUGUUGGUAUAAAACAAUUUGAAUUAAAACAUUCAUUUAAUGAUGUAUAUUCAAUACCAUAUAAUGAAUGUAUUAUAUUAAGAAAUAAUAAUCAUAUAUAUAUUAUUAAUAUAGAUACAAAAGAAGAAAAAGAAAUUGAAUAUAAUAAUAGUUUAUUAUGGAAUCAUCCAAUUGCAAUUCAAAAUGAUUCAAUUUAUGUUGUUUUACCAUCAUUAAAGAAUAAAAAAUAUCAAACAUUAUGGUAUUCUUCUUUAAAAACACCAUCUAAAAUUAAACCAUUAUGUUUUAAUGAAUAUUCUAUUGAUUAUAUUUUAAGUCAAAAAAAUUGUAUUUUUUGUAUUAACAUUUUAGAACAAGGUAUUAAAGAGAAACCAUGUUGGAUAACACAACACUUUAAGAAUCAACUUAAUAUAAUUGUUAUUUAUUUAAAUAAAAUUCAUAAUAUUUUAAUUCAAGUAUGUGAUGAAGCACAAGAAUGGAAUCAAACUACAAUCCAACAAAUAUCUCUUAAUAAUUUUAUUAUUUUCUGUUUUGUUAAUGAACCAUCAAUAAAACAACCACAUUUUGCAAUUGAUUUAAUUUCAAAACGUCUCUUUGCUCUUCCUUUAGAAUUUCAAUCAUUACCAUCAUCAACAAUAAUUCAUAAUAAUAAAGCAUUUUCAUUAUUUCCAUCUCAACUUUUAAUUCAAAAUAUAGAACCAAUUUUAUUUCAUCCUAUACAAAGAUUUAUUUCAAAAUUGAUUACAUUUCAUCCAGAUAUUACUUUAACAAAUGGAAUAGAUAAAUUAAAAUGUCAUUCUUUUAUUCUUCAAAUAAGAAUUCCUUCUCUUUUUAAUCAUAUUAAAAAUAAUAUUAUUUAUAUUAAUUCAACUACUGAUGAACUUUUAACAUUAAAAUUAUUUUUAUAUACUGGAGAUCCUUGUUAUCCAAUUCAAGAUCUUAUUGUUGUUGAUAGACUUUCACUCUUUUAUUCUAUAAUUUCUAAAAUAAACUUUCAAUUUCAUUCUUCUAUUCAAAUAGUUCUUGGAUUUAAUAGUUUUAUUCAUGACUUCUCUCAAAUAUCAUAUAAUGAUCUUGAAGUAUAUAUUACACCAAACACUAAUAUUCAUAUCAAUUCUAUAUGGUUUUCAUUUGUCUUUCCACAAAUUAAUCCAAAGAAUUAUAUUACAGAUCCAUUUAUAAUUAAAAUAAUAAACCAUAUAUAUGACUUAAAUGAUCCAAUAUGGUUAGAAUAUCUUUGUGUUUAUUAA